AUGGCCCUCACCAGCUGGCGGCGCUACAGCUCGGGCAGCAGAAGCAAGCAUGAAGAGGACGCCUUCACACCGCCUCAGUACCACGUCCUCCCUCCGCCUCAGUACCGCGUCUACCUGGAAGAUCUCCAUGAGCUCCACAGAGCUGCCUGGCGGGGCGACGUCCCCAGGCUGGAGCGCGUCCUGGGGCCCGGAGGCCCUGUAGUGGACAAGAGGGACAAUAAAAAUAGGACGGUUCUGUAUUUGUCGUGUGCCAGUGAACAUCCAGCAGUGGUAGCUCUCCUGGUGGACAGAAAAUGUCAACUUAAUUGUUUUGACAGCGAAAAGAGGACAGCUCUGAUAAAGGCCGUACAAUGCGGAGAAGAGGAAUGCGCAACUAUUUUGCUGGAACAGGGUGCUGAUCCAGACCUUCCAGAUACCUACGGCAAUACCGCUCUACACUGUGCUGUGCAUAAUGAAAUCACUAGCAGAAAAACUGCUUUUAUACAGUACAAAUAUGGAGGCAAAAAAUGA